AUGGUCAACAAGGCUGGCCGUAUGUUCUACGCAUAUGUCACGCCAGUUAUUCUUUUCAUAGGCAUACUUGGAAACUGCCUUUCGCUCAAUGUCUUUCUGUCGAAGAACAUGCGUGGUUUAUCAGCAAGUACCUAUCUUGCAGCAAUAUCCAGCUCAGAUCUUCUCACUUUGAUAUUCUAUGUGAAUGUUGAAUGGUUGAGAAGGGGAUUGGUUUACUUAAACCCUGAUGUGCAAGUACUGUUUUUGGAUACGACAGGCGUGUGUCAGUUUCAGCUAUAUAUGUCAUAUGUUUCACGUUUCUUAUCCGCUUGGCUUGUUGUGGCAUUUACAGUAGAGCGAUAUAUUGGAGUGUGUCAUCCGCUCCGGCGGAGGGAUAUCUGUACACCAAGUAGUACCCGAAGAAUCAUCAUUACAACAUCAUGUGUUGCCGUUCUAUUGGUAAUUUACAAACCAGUGCUGAGUGGUGUACACAAAGGUUCAAGCGGAGGACAUCCGUACUGUACAAGCGACCCUGAUCACGACUUCCUCUCGUUUGUAUUGGAUAGCAUUUUCGCAGUGCUUAUUACACUGGUACCUUUUCUCAUCAUAACAGUUUUGAAUGUUCUUAUUAUCAGGAAACUUUUUAUCAGGAACAAACGGCAGAAGGAGUGCAAGAUUGUGACCGAGGAAAGCGUGAUUAAACUGGAAUUUACUGUCAUACUUUUGGCAAUUUCAUUUUGUUUUGUCGUUUUUAAUGUUCCUUACUUCGCUGUGUGGUGUCGAAACUUUCUCCAUUCCAAAUACGUGUACAAAUCUGUGGAGCAGGAUAUGAGUGACGACAUUGAAUAUUGGCAAGGAAUUUUGUAUAUAACACGAACUAUCUUUUAUAUGAAUUAUUGUAUUAACUUUUUCCUCUACAGUAUCACAGGUGCUUACUUCCGGCGUGAAGUGCGCAUGCUGUUUGUGUAUCGACCCACUGAAUUGCGUGGGUCUUAUAGUAGGUGUUCUCGUAUCAACUCCAAUUCACACACGCCCCAGUCGUGGGUUUGA